GGUUCAUACCCCCUCCCCCAAACUUUUUGACUCCCAAAACAAGUAAGAGAUAAGAAAGAAAUAUGAAAUUUGGUAAAGAAAUGGUGCACCCUAGCCACCCCCAACACAAGCUCAAGUUUGAGCACACUGAUAUCCCAUUCAAGUGUGAUGGGUGCAAAGAGGCUGGAAUUGGGUCCAAAUACAAAUGUGAUAUUUGUGACUUUGACCUCCACUUGCAUUGUGCCCUGGCCUCUCAAGACAUCUAUCACCCUUUCUAUAGGAAGUGCACCUUCCAAUUCCAUCAAAAGCCACCUGGGGAGCUUAUGAGGUAUUGCAAUGCUUGUGGGAAAGAUGUGUUAGGGUUUGUGUACCAUUGCAAGAGAUGUGGCUAUGACCUCCACCCUUGUUGUGCAAAGCUCCCUCAUGCCCUAGAUGAUGGUGAAAUCAGGCUUUUCCUCUAUAGGAAAGUGUCAUCCUCUUGUCACAAGUGUGGGAGAAAAGGGCCUAGUUGGUCUUAUAGGUCACCAUGCAAGAAGUACAAUCUCCAUGUGUCUUGUGUUAAGGAGAUGUUAGUUGAGAUUUGGCAGGAGAUUUAUUUCUCUGAUGGAGGGAAGAAGAAGAGUUUGGAGUUCCACACUAGGAUUCCCAGUCUCAAGGGGAUGCUUCAUAACCAUCAUAAGAGUAAGAAGGGGAAGGUAAGGAAGUGUUGUGAGAUGGCAGGGACUGCUGUGCAAUUCAUAAUAUCAGCGGUGCUUGGAGAUCCUUCCGCCGUGAUUGCUGCUGUAAUUGGUGCCUUCAUGUCUAGAUGACUCUCUCUCUCUCUC